GCGCCGGCGGAGCGCCCGGGCGGUGAGUGGGGCCCGGCGUUCCCGGUGUGCCGCGUUCGGCCCCGCGCUCCCGGCACCUGCGGGCUGGGUGCCGGUGCUUGGGAAGGGGGUCUGGGCGGUGGGGCUUGAAGUAGGCGGUGAGCGACCCGUCCCCCUGCGCGGUGAAGGGUCCGUUCAGUCGCGUCGCCGUGGAUAGCCGAUCACGGGUCCCGGUUUGCUGGGCUCUGUGAGCCCCAGUGCCCGCUGAGGGGCUGGGCUUGGCGGGAUCCGUGCCUCUCCCCGGUGCCCGGGAAGGGGCCUGGCAGUGCCCAGCCCCAGCGCUCGGCGAGGGCCCGGUCGGGGGGGCUCUGCUCGGUCUCAGUGCCCGAUGAGGAUCCCGGUGUGGGGGGCCCGGGAGGCUGCGCCCCGGAACCCAGUCAGGGCUCCCGGUCUGCUGGGCUGUGCGAGCCCCGCUGUCCGCUGAGGGUCCCGGUCUGGGGCUUCUGACCCAGCCCAGGGAGGGCUCCGCACCUGCUGGGCUCUGAGCCCGCUGAGCUUUCGGGGUGCUUGAGCCCCCGAUCCCCGCUCGAGCAGCCCAGCCUCGGCCCUGACGAGCCCUCGAGCCCGGUGAGGGUCGCGCUGUGCAGCCCUGCCCAGCAUCCCGGCUGCCACAGCUGCCCCUGCCCGCCCGCCAUGCCGGCCCAGGGCCCCUCGGGGUCCCGCCGGCCGCUGCUGGCCCUGCUGGUGGCCCUGGGCUGGCUGCUGGCCCUGCAGCUGCUGCUGGACCUGCGGGCGCUGGGGCUGCUGUGCGGGGCGCUGGCCGUGCUGGGGGGCUGGCUGGGCCCCCCGGCCCUGCUUCCCCGCGGCCGCCGGCUGCGGCUGGAGCGCUUCGUCAGCUCCCUGCGGGCCCCGGCCGGCAGCCCUGCGGACGAGGGCCGGCUGCAGAAGGAGAUCGCCAGCACCGUCCGGAAGGUGGUGCGGGAUUUCGUGGCCUCGUGGUACCGCACGGUGAGCAGAGAGCCGGCCUUCGAGGCCGAGGUGGAGAGGGCCAUGCUGGGGCUGGCCGCGGAGCUGCGGCGGCGGAUGAGGUGGGUGGACCGGCGAGCCCUGGCCCGCCGCCUGCUCCUGCUCUGCGGGCAGCACCUCCAGAGCUUCCUGCGGGCUCGGGAUGCCCUGAGAGCCGAGCCCAAGGGCGGCCGGACGCUGUGGAGGGAGUACAGCCGGCUGGCGGGGCCGCACCCCGCUCUGCUGAGCCCCGCGGCCGAGGUGGGCUGUGCCCGCGCCGCUGUGGACGCGCUGCUGCGGGCGCUGGUGCCCUGGCCGCACCUGGAGACACGGACGGGACGUUUUGUGGUGGUGGAGCUGGUGGCCUGCAACGUGCUGCUGCCGGCCAUCAGGAAGAUGUCUGAUCCCGACUGGAUCAACCUGCUGCUCAUUGGGGCGUUUUCCAAGAAGCCCCGGGGUGGGAAGCCCCACCCUGCACCCCCUGUGCCGGAUUCCUUGUCUUUCCCGGCACAGACGGACGCAGCUCCCGCCGGGCUCCCCCCGUCCCCGAGGGCUGCCGAGGGGCUCAGGAGAGAGGCUGGGGCUGCUGGAGAGGAGGGAGAGGAGGCAAGCAGAUCAUGCAAUGCAGAGGAACCCUUCCUGCGCCCCCAAGCUCUGGGAUCCCUCUUCCCCUGUGAGGAUUUGGAGCUGGAAUCCCCUGCACCUGACGUGGGGCAGGACGUGGAGCUGCUGGCUCCUUCCCCCACUGGAGAGCUCCAUGAUGAGCCCCCCCAGGAUUCUUCUAUGCCAGAGGGAGCACCUGCCUCAGAGGAUGGCACAGGGGACCUGGACCACGGCCCUGGCCCCAGCUUGGAUGCUGGCCUGCUUCCCACCUCUGCUUUGAGCUCCUGCCCUGACAUCCAGAUCGAGCCAGCGGUUGAGAAGGAGGAGGAAAGCCCAGCUGUCCCCAGAAGGUUCUCCUCACAAAGACCCUCCAGCCUGGGGAGAGAUCUGGGGGCAGCAGAGGGCCCAGCACAGUUUCCCCCAGAGCCUGGGCAGAGCCUGCCCCUGCUGUCAUCCUCCCCAACAGCUUCCAUGAGCACCUUCAGCUUCGAGCCCCUGAGCAGCCCCGAGGGGCCGGUGGUCAUCCAGAACCUGCGGAUCACCGGGACCAUCACUGCCCGGGAGCACAGCGGCACCGGCUUCCACCCCUACACCCUGUACACCGUCAAGUAUGAGACAGCCCUGGAGGGCGAGGCCGCGGGCAGCCUGCAGCAGGUGGCUUAUCACACCGUGAACCGCCGCUACCGCGAGUUCCUCAACCUCCAGACCCGGCUGGAGGAGAAGCCGGAGCUCCGCAAGUUCCUGAAAAACAUCAAAGGACCAAAGAAACUGUUCCCUGAUCUGCCAUUUGGAAACAUGGACAGCGAUAAAGUGGAAGCCAGAAAAAGUCUGCUGGAAUCUUUCCUGAAGCAAUUGUGUGCAGUCCCUGAGAUUGCAAACAGUGAGGAGGUGCAGGAAUUCCUGGCCCUCAACACCGACGCCAGGAUCGCCUUUGUCAAGAAGCCCUUCGUUGUCUCCAGGAUAGACAAGAUUGUUGUCAAUGCCAUCGUGGACACCUUGAAGACAGCGUUCCCCAGGUCAGAGCCCCAGAGCCCCACGGAGGAUCUGAGCGAGUCAGAAGUGGAUGGGAAAUCCCAGCCAGACGGGAAGAAAAGCAAGGUUUCCCAGGAAUGCUCAGGUUUUCACAGAAGGUCCAGGCUGAGGUUCUCAUCCAGUAAAAUCACUCCAGUGCUGAGUGUGAGUGAAGCUCAUGACAGGAUCGUGUACUCUGUCAGGGAGGGCAAUGCUGUCUCUGGCACCCUGUCGCUGGCUGCUAUGGAAUCCUUCAUCCAGAAGCAGGAGAAGCUGCUGGAAGCAGUCCCCAGCAAAGCUCCUGAAGGCCAGGGAGGCAGAGAAGCCAAGGAAAUUUCUGUGCAGGAAGAAAUGGAUGGGCUGAGCACAGCAGAGCAGGGAGGACAUCCAGACACUGACUCUGACUCCGAGACAGCUUUGGCUGACCUGGCCAUGGAUGUGCUUCGUCUGGUGCUGGUGGAUCACUGGGGCUGGCUGUGCACAGAGAACAUCCAGAAGGUCUUCAACCUGCUCUUUGGGACCCUCCUUCAAAGGGCUCUUGGAUGUACUCGGAGCUGCCGGGGCGUAGUGGUGACGGAAUUGCAAGCACGAACACCAGCUGCCAAGAGGAACGGCUCUCCUGGCCCUGCUGGCUGACUCCUGUCCUCUGGGAAUCUUGAAGAACUGGCGGAAUCACAAGUUUUUCCCUACCCCAGCGCCGUGCUGACACUCCCAGCUUUGCUCCAGAGCCUCCUGCCAGUGAGGCCAGCAGCACCAGCAGUGCUGCACCCUGAGCCCUGCUAAAUCAGGGAACCUUCCUGUGGGAUCCAUCCUCUCCUCAUUCUGAGGGCAAACAUGUUAGGCAGUGCAAGUUCUGCCUGAUGGCUGAGGCUUGUGCUGUGACUAGGGAGUGAUUUCACAUCUGGGCAAGAGGGUCCAUCCAUAUGGUCGAUUUAGAAACUGCCUGGCCAGCCCUUGGGUGGUGGGGACACAUCAUCCAGUGCAGCUGCAAACCCCUCCAAGCCCUUCUGUGGAGCAGGGAUUUGGGAAUUUGCAGGUGGUUACUGAGAAAGGGCACAGUACUGCCCCAGCAGGAGGGACCAUCAGCAGUUCUGCUGGAUUUUCGAUGGGAACAAAAAAAUUCUUGGUUGUGAGAGUGAGGAAACCCUGGCACAGGGUAUCUGGAGAAGCUGUGGCUGCCCCUUCCUUGGAAGUGUCCAGGGCCAGGUUGGAUGGGGCUUGGAGCAGCUUGGUCUAGCAGAAGGUGUUCCUGCCCAGAUGAGCUUUAAGGUCCCAAAAUCAAACCUUUGGGGAUUCUAUUAUUUCAUUGCUUGCCAUCAGUGGAUGGAGCAGUACUGGACAGCAGGGCAGCAUGGACAGCAGGAUGAGAGGGGGGUGAAGCAUCAGGAUAUUCAUGGCUUGUCAUCCUUGGAGUGUGUUUUGGUCUUCAGGAAAGACAUCCUUGGCUGUCUCGGUAGCAGAGGAACUGAUGAGAGGAGCAGAGGCUGCCAGAACAGGGCUCAUGUGUUUCCAGUCCUUCCUGGGGAUUGUUUGUAGUUAAACACCAGUUCCUCCAGCUCUGUCUCAGAUUGUGCUUGGAGAUAACUUAGGAGCUUCAGGCCAGUCAUAUCCCUGAACUGGGCUUCCUUUAGUCACCAGUGAUUCACUUGGGGUCCUGUGAUUAACAGGGUGAUGGGGCUUUUUAUGACCUUUGUUUGUCCCAUUUGUCUGUAACACAGGGAACAUAUCCCACUUUUGGUGCAUGGAAAACUCAGCUAAUUAAGACUUGUGGAAAUCUUUGGUAUACAGACAUGAAAACUGCACGCUAACAAACACAAAGAAGCUGAUUUAACCCUCUUUGAUGUGUGGAAAUAUCCCAGCUGGGUCCCAAGCUGGACUUUUCCUGACCUUUGUCCCUGUCCCU